AUGUCUUCCCUCGUCUCCGACUUUCUCAUCAAUCCUGUCCUGCGCCAAGCUCGUCGAUUCUCCGAAAUUUCACGAUCUACCUUCAUUGGCAAUGGAGGCGACUCGAUCGAACAUGCCGACGCAGUAAGCGAUUCUAGUCACGCCGACAGUCCUGUCUCUUCGCCUGUAUCUACAUCCGCACCCGACGCGGCACCCGUGCCGAUCGUUGACUCUCCCCUCACUCGACCCCUCAGCGUCUCGACCUUAGAAACAAGAGUUGAAGAACCCGAGCAAGUGCCAACCAUGUCUCAAGAUUCACCCCCACGCGACCAUAUCGGAAUAGCUCUGAGCCCGCUCAGCUCCCGUCGAAUUCCGGAAGAUGAUGGCAUGCGAGAGUUGCGCUCUCGUAUACAUAUAAUCAACGGCAAGGAUAUACCUCAGUCUGAAAAGGCGAGGUUAAUCCACGAUGUUCUGUUGGAAGGAUAUACGUCUUCAAAGGCCGUUCCCAUUGUCAAAAAGAUUCUCGAGAAUGGCGGCAACUUAGACCAACCACUCUCGCAAUCUCCAUUGUCACCAGCGUCACGCCCGUCCAUGUUCUGGCAGAAUCAACCCGAGGAAGAGACAUUCACCUUGACAGAAGAGGAUAAAACCCCAACAUUUGUACCAGUGAAGCCGCCGAAGCGACAUGGCAGUGAGACGCCAGUGGAGCCUUUUGAUGUGCUACAAGAAUCGGAGCAGCCUCUUGGAUGCCAACACUAUGAACGGAACGUCAAGCUCCAAUGCUUUACCUGCAAGAAAUGGUACACGUGCCGUUUCUGUCACGAUGCGAACGAGGACCAUAAUCUCAUUCGUACAGAGACCAAAAAUAUGCUCUGUAUGCUUUGCACAACACCGCAGAAGGCUUCGGAUAUGUGCAUUAAGUGCGGUGAACUAUCCGCUUAUUAUUAUUGUGAUAUUUGCCAUUUGUGGGAAAACCGCCAAAGCAAGCCCAUCUAUCAUUGUAACGACUGUGGCAUUUGCCGUCGAGGCAUGGGUCUUGGCAAGGACUUUUUCCAUUGCAAGACUUGUCGUGCAUGUAUUUCUACCUCGAUUGAGGGCUCCCACAAGUGUAUUGAGCGGUCAACAGAAUGUGACUGUCCUAUCUGCGGCGAAUACCUCUUUACUUCUCCACGGCCUGUAGUCUUCAUGCCUUGUGGUCAUAGUAUCCAUAAGAAGUGCUAUGAACAACAUAUGAAAGUAUCAUACAAAUGUCCGAUUUGCAACAAGAGCCUUACGAAUAUGGAAAGCCAGUUCCGAAAUCUGGAUGUUGCCAUCCAGACUCAGCCGAUGCCACCAGAGUUCCGGGAUACCACCGCCGUUAUAUUAUGCAACGACUGCUCUGGAAGAAGCACAGUUAGGUAUCACUGGCUAGGUCUGAAAUGUUCCAUAUGUCGAUCGUAUAAUACAGUGGAGCUGAAUAUCAUUGGGGGUGACCGGUCGACAGCACCACCAUCUAUGAACGACGAGGGGCAGCCCGUGGUGGAAAGUGGACGAGAGCCUUCCGGUUCAAUCAGCGGCAACCGAGGGGUCGCAGUAGGAAAUAGGCGAAGGCAUUCAUCUCAUGCGGCUGAGACCCAAUUUCGUGCGCCUGACAGAGUCGCAAGAUCUGUAUCACCCGGCAAUUUGGGCUUUGAUUCCAUCAUGUCGCAUCUACCACCUAACGAAGAAGACGAGGAUGACAUUUUAGGGCUCUGGAGAAGCCGAAACCGUGCCAACGCGUCGGAUAAUGACGAGGAUUCUGAGCUGGACGACCUCAGCGAUGCACCAUCUGAUGCUGAAGAAGAGGAUGAUGAUGAAGACGACGAUAACGAUAUCGUUCUUUUUGGACAUCGAUAA